GCCUCACAACAUCACCCAUCUCUCUCUCUCUCUCUCAAGCCAAAGUGUUAGUUCAAUCAUGGCUCAUGGAGGUGGAGGUCCUUGUGCUUCCUACAUGGUGCUCGUGAGCUUGUUAUUCAUGGCUGCUGCUGAAGCAGGAGCCGGGAACUUCUACCAGGACUUCGAUGUGACGUGGGGUGGCGGCGACCGGGCCAAGAUCUUCGGUGGGGGUCAGCUCCUGUCGCUCUCCCUCGACAAGGUGUCGGGGUCGGGCUUCCGGUCCAAGAAGGAGUACCUGUUUGGCCGGAUCGACAUGCAGCUCAAGCUUGUCGCCGGGAACUCCGCCGGCACCGUUACCGCUUACUACCUGUCUUCACAAGGGCCGACUCACGACGAGAUCGAUUUCGAGUUCCUCGGGAACUUGAGCGGCGACCCUUAUAUCCUCCACACAAACGUCUUCACUCAAGGGAAGGGCAACAGAGAGCAACAGUUCUACUUGUGGUUUGACCCCACCAGAAAUUUCCACACGUACUCCGUCAUCUGGAAGCCCCAGCACAUAAUCUUCUUGGUGGACAACACUCCGAUUAGAGUGUUCAAGAAUGCAGAGUCAAUUGGUGUGCCCUUCCCCAAGAACCAGCCCAUGAAGAUAUACUCAAGCCUUUGGAAUGCUGAUGAUUGGGCCACGAGAGGAGGCCUGAUCAAGACGGACUGGUCGAAAGCGCCCUUCACGGCGUACUACAGGAACUUCCAGGCCACUGCCUGCACCUGGUCCUCGGCCUCCUCGUCCUGCGAGAUCAGGCGGCCCUCCUCCUCCUCCGGAACCACGUGGCAGGCCAAUGAGCUCGACGCCAACAGCCGCAGGCGGCUCAGGUGGGUCCACAAGUACUUUAUGAUCUACGACUACUGCGCGGACACCAGUAGGUUCCCUCAAGGCAUCCCAGUCGAAUGCAAGCGCUCUCGAUUCUAGAAAAGAAAGGGGGAAAUCGACUUGGUCGAAUGGAAGGUUGUUCGGCGGUAUAUAGUUAAUGGAUUCUUUUGUUUCGUUUCACAUGU